AUGGUUUCAUUUGGUUCAGAAGAAACUACAAUCUAUGCUUGUGGAAUAGAACAGCGAGUUACCAAGAAAUUUAAGCAAAGGGUCCGUAAUCUUUGCAAUAAUGUUGGCAUUACUAUAACCAGAUAUACUUGUGAUAAAAGAAAGAGUUGGAAUCUUGCGGAAUUGACUGUCGAUUCGAAAGAUGAUGCCGUUAUGUUGAUGUGUCAUCUGAAAAAUGUAAAAUGUGGAAAUAGUAGAUUUGGAUUAAGAAUGUUUUGGCCAGCAGAAAUGGGACAGAAAAAGCGUAAAAAAUUGAAUGCGAUGGUUCGAAAGUUUAUGACCGCUUUAAAUAGGAACGAAUAUGGCUGCUUUUACCAUAAAGACAUUGAAGAAAAAAAGGUUAUGAUUAACAAGAUGAUAGACAAUUCGCAGUUUUUAAAGGUUUCAGCUGAAGUCAUUAUAUCUAAUGUUCCCGAAUCAAUGCACCAGAUGGAGCUCUUCCAUUUAGCGAGUCAAGCUGGAAUCGUGACUAGCUUGAAGAUGAUUGAGUCUGAUAAAGCGCGUGUGGUCUAUCCUAGACAAUCAGACGCUGUUAUUGCCUUAUUAUGCUUGGACAAAUUUGAAAUUUUAAGCAAUCAGCCAAUUCAUCUAAAAAUUCUUCAUUCUGCCCAAUUUGAAUCAUUGUAUGAUGAAGUUUUCCGACUUCGAAAUAUCUUGAAGAAGGAACGACGCAACAGCGAUUUUAUAUCAUUGCAGCAGGAUGAUAUGUUAAGUCACGAGGAAACAGAUCUUUCUAGCGAUCAAUUAAAGUUUGCUAAUCAAAGAGGAAAUGAUCUACUGGAAUCUGAAAUGGCAGAAAAUCGAAGUAGUCAUAAAUUUGAUAGAAUGGCAGAAAAUAUCAAAGAGACCAAUAUAUUUAAUGGAAUGAAGUAUGGGGAUAUCGUAGAUGAUGAAGAUAUGAUUAAAAAAGAAAAUAUUCUACCCCAGGAGGUUUGCUUUCUUAUUCAACAAGUUAAUCUAGAGCAAAAACUCAGGGAUAAAGGUUACAAAGUUUCAUUUAAGUUUACAAACUGUGAUCGGGGAAGUAAAUUAACCGUGUAUAUGAUUAGAGGAACGCAAUAUUAUAUUCACUACACCUUGAGUAAUUUCAGUAAUGUUGUUGAUGGAAGAGGUAGCUUAUCAGAUCAACUAUGUGACUAUUUUGCACAGUAUACUGAAAUGAGAGAGUUUAUGAAUCAGAAAUUGCGAGAUGAUGAUAUUUAUGCUGGAGUAUUCAAAAAGAGCGGUAGUACCUAUGCGUCUAUUGUUGCCUUAGAUGUUGAGACCCAUCAGAGAGCAAACGAGAUUUUACAAGAAAUCUUUUGUACUCGCUCUGUAACUUUUGCUAGCGAGAACUUGCUCUUAUUAGAUGAUAAAGAUGAGUAUCUUUCUAAAAUUCGAGAUGGCCUUGCCUUUCGUGAUAAGGUUCACUUUAAAGUAAAAGCAGACAAUUGCAGAGAAAAUAGAGUUAUAACGGUAACAGGUCCUCGCAAGAUCACCCACGAUGCAUUAUCAAUCCUUUCCAUGCUAGUAAAAGACUACGGAUUGGUAAAUCUAAGUUUCAAAGUUACCCCUCCGUCGAUAUUGGAAUAUCUACAGAUAUAUAGGAAAGAAAAUAUUCAGAAAUUGGAAAAUGAGUAUAAAUGUCAUAUUGAAAUGGCAAAGGCACUAGUGAAUACUGUUAGUCGUAGUAAAAUUACAAAGAAUAUCACCAUUCAGUGUGCUGAGUGCUAUAAAACUGUAAUUCGUCAAAAAUUAAAUUCUAUGAUCGGAGGAUUUGUCACGGAGAGAGAAGAUUGGAUCAGUCAAUACUCAAAAAUUGGAAGAUUUAUAACUUCUAGUCAAAACAUCAUCGAGUUGGAUGGGUUACGAACAGAAAUGCCAUGUGUUCUUAUAAUUACCAGAAAUGGAUCUUACAGUGUUUAUUCAGUGAAUGAAGGCAAACUGAAGCUUAAUUAUCAAAAGAAAGAGAAAUCCGAAAAUGUUCCUAAUAAACCCAUUCAGUUAGAGACCGAGAGCGUAAAUCUGCCAGAAGCUACAAAAUCGCCUACUAUGCCUGCCAUACAAAAUAACGACUAUGAACUGAAAGUCAAUAAUGUUACUAUUAGAAUAUUAAAAGGGGAACUUGAGAAAAUAGGAAAAAGUGUUGAUGCAAUUGUUAAUUCAGUAGAUCAUGAUAGCUUUGAUCAUGGAAAAAUUGCAAGCUCAUUAAGUAAUAUUGGAGGAAAUUCCUACCUAAAAGAAUGCCGUAAUCAAUUAGGAGAUCUCGGAAUUGACAGUAUCGGUUGCACAAGUGGCCAUUACUUUGGUUGUAAAUCAGUAUAUCACAUUCUGUUCUUAAGCUCUGACAGGUCAUUAUUAUGGCUUAGUAAUCGUCUUAGAGAUUGUCUAAUGGAAAUAAACAAUGAUUCUCUGGAAUCUAUAGCCAUACCAGCCAUUGGAACAGGCCAAGCUGGCUUGAACGCUAACAAGGUUGCACAGGAAAUGAUGAGAGUAUCUAUUGAAUUUGCCGUACAUAAUACAGGAAGUUUACGAAAAAUCAAUUUUGUUAUUUAUCCAACCGAUGUUGAAAUUCAUAAAGCUUUCAAAAAUGCGCUAAAGUCUAGUGUGCCAUUAGCGACUGAAUUGCUAUAUCAAAAUGAACAAAUCGAGGAGAUAAUAAAACCGAUAGGAAUCAAAAAAACAGAUUUUGAGGAUAAGAAUCGACUGCUGUUCUCUGCUCAAUGCCUUAUUGAUGAGAAACCUAUCUGUAUAAAUGUUUAUCAUGGCAAUUUAAAUGGUUUGAAAGCGGAUGCUAUCAUGGAUAUGACGGCUUUGUGCUCUAAGCACAGUAAGGUGGAUUCUCUUUCUGAUACCUUACGAAUUACUGAUACAGAACAUACAUCGGAAACUUUACAAAUUCUACCUAUUUCUGGAUCGGAUUGUAAAACCUAUCAAGUUUGCCUUUACGGUUGUUUAGCUGGAUUUAGUAGUAUAUUAACUCAUAUGAAUGCUAAUGGCGAAAAAUCUGUCAAUAUUCCGCUCUUGAAUAUUGAAAUGAAUUCUGGUCAUAUUAAAAACCUUAUAGAUUUCAUCGAAACAUUCAUAGCCGAACAUCAAAGUUUAGAUAUGAGUAUAAACUGCAUUAAUUUUGUCAUCGGAUAUGAUGAUCGAGCUGAAGAAAUUGCAAGUUGGAUGCAACGGAAACUAAAAAGCAAGGCUGUACAGUUUAACUGGCAAACCUCUUGUGAUUCAUCGAUAAGAGCAUUGGGUAUAAAUAUAUUUUAUAUUGCCCAAAGUAAAGAGGCAAUUACGAGAGUCAAAUCAAAAAUUGAAGAGUCUAGUCAUACUUGGACAUGUCGUAAGCUGACUAGUAAAGAAUUUUUUAGUCAUAUUGAUGAAAAUCGUUGGCAGCAACUUGUUUUACAAUACUGGUCAGAGUACAACACUAUUCUUGUAAAUGAAAAUCAAGGAAAAGUUGUAAGCAUAUAUGGAUUUGAGAAAGAUAUCGCUGAUACCAUUUCGGCUAUUCACGAACAAAGCAAAAUAUACUUUCAAGAAAAAGCUCUAGAGGAAGUCAAAGUAUUUACUGCAGAUAGCGCUAGAUGGAGUGUAAAAGUCGGUCGAUUUAGACGUCUAUUUGAGCCAAAAUUGAGCUAUGAGAUAGAAAAAAAUUAUAAGAAUUACGUAAAAGAUAAUAGUAAAAUCAUUUUUCGAAUCGACUCUGAGACCAAAACGAUAAAUUUGGAUAGCAUGAAGGUUACUCAUAUUAAUGGAGUGGAAUAUCCGAUUAAGAAAUUAUCUAUUAAAGAAAGCAAGUUAAGACAUGAUAUCCCGAUACCCAGAAACUGGGAAUACCAAAAUAAGCAUGAAAUCAAAGACGGAUACUUUCAAAUAGUGAAUGUCACAAAUCAACGAGAAAUAGAUGAAAUAUCUAAGCUUCUAGGACUUAGAGGGUUUACUGUUCGUAAUUUGCGAAGAAUCCAAAAUUGGAAUUUAUACAGAAAAUAUCAAACAAGGAAAGCCGAGGUCACCGCGGCAGUUAAGAGAUACAAACCAGGUGCUGACGUUGAAAAACGUCUAUUUCAUGGUACUGCCGCAAGUAAAGUAGAUGUAAUAUGUAAGAAUGGCUUCGAUAGGGACUAUUCCGGGACUUCUUGUGGUUCCAAGCAUGGAACAGGAAGUUAUUUUGGUGUGAAGGCCGAAUAUUCAAAGCUAUUUGGCAAAGUACUUUUGUUAGUACGAGUUCUAACUGGAAUUUAUGUCAAAUCAAGCGUUACUGACAAGCCGAAUUUGUCUAUGAUUCCUGGAAGCAAAGGAGAACGUGCUCAUUCUGUAGUAGAUCAUGAAAGUAAUCCCUCUUUGUAUGUUAUUUCUAAUGAUAACUCUGCAUAUCCGGAGUAUAUAAUAUAUGUACAAUCAAAUACCUACUUGUGA